AUGCAGCAGGACAGGUUUGGGGUUGACCUGCUGGGAAGCAGCUAUGUGGAGAAGGGAGUCUUGGUGGACACCAAGUUAAUCACGAGCCAGUGGUUUGCCCUUGUGGCCAACAGGGCCAAUGGGUAUCAGAAGGCAGGCAAAACUCACCAGCCAGCAAUCAUGGAAAGCAAGGACUUUACAAAUAUUGAUCAAAAUGCUAACACCAAUAUCUGUGACAUUCCAGAGUCUGAGGAGGACAAAGAGGAUCUCCUUAACGGUCAUGUCCGUGAAGAUUUAGCAUCUCCUUCUUCCACAACUACCAAUGCAGAGAGCAUGGACUUAGGUCAAGAGACCCCAGAAAACAGUCGCAGUAAUUCUGUGGCCUCUCAGCAUGGGCUCGAUGGGGAGGAUGGCUCUUCUUCAUCUCACCAUGGUGCUGAAGACUACCAAUACCAGGAGGCAAUGGAUCUGAUGAGCCCAACUCAGGAAGAUAAACAUGUAGGAGGCAGGAUGUUUGAGAACGGCAUGCUUUCUCCUACAAGCUUCCACAUGACCUCUCAGCAUGGGGUUGAGGAGGAGGAUGGUUCUUCUUCAUCUCACCAUGGUGCUGAAGACUAUCAAUACCAGGAGGAGAUGGAUCUGAUGAGCCCAAGUCAGGAAGAUAACCGUGUAAGGGGAAGGAUGUUUGAGAAUAGCAUGCUUUCACCUACAGGUUUCCAGUUGCGUCGCAGCCAGAGCACUUCUUCCAACUCCCCGACUUCCAUCAAGUUCCCCCUGAACAAUAAUUUGGGAGAAACAGACAACUUUCAGGAGGACUAUGAGAUACAUAUGUUUGUAAAGUUAUUUCCUCCACUGCUGUGGAGUCUUAUCCUUGCGAACGAUGUUUUGAAAGCGUCGUGGGAGCCCUUCAAGAGCGAAACCCUCAGGCAGCUGCUGGCUGAAACGCCUUUUGCCUCUUGCUAUAAGAGACCAGCUUCUAGCCUUGGGGGGUGGAAGAUGACAGAUUAUGUUCCCACAAAUGGGGAGGGAAAGGACCCCGAGAUCGAGCUGUUCGUGAAGCCAUUUUUAGACAAGCGCUAUGUGCAUAAAAUAAAAUUAUGCAACCCGUAUGGGUCAACAAAAGAAGCUUAUGUCUACUCUGCUUUUUUUCUCUCUCUUUCUGUCCUUCAGGCUGGAAUAGAUGGAGAAAGCAUUGGGAAUUGUCCAUUUUCCCAGCGGCUCUUCAUGAUCCUCUGGCUCAAAGGAGUUGUGUUCAAUGUCACCACUGUUGACCUGAAAAGAAAGCCAGCUGAUCUACACAAUCUGGCUCCUGGGACCCACCCACCGUUCUUGACUUUUAAUGGAGAAGUCAAGACAGACGUUAACAAGAUUGAGGAAUUCUUGGAAGAGACUCUUGCACCUCCAAAGUAUCCCAAGCUGGCUGCCAAGCACCGGGAAUCAAACACUGCUGGAAUAGAUAUCUUCUCCAAAUUUUCUGCAUAUAUAAAAAAUACCAAGCAGCAGGAUAAUGCUGCCCUUGAAAAAGGUUUGGUGAAGGCCUUGAAGAAGCUGGAUGACUAUCUGAGAACCCCUCUACCUGAGGAGAUUGAUGCAAACAGCACUGAAGAGGAGAAGAUGUCUAAACGCAGAUUCCUGGAUGGAGAUGACCUGACUCUUGCUGACUGCAACCUUCUGCCCAAACUCCAUGUUGUUAAGAUUGUUGCAAAGAAAUAUCGCAACUUUGAGUUCCCAACAGAGAUGACGGGGCUGUGGCGGUACCUGAAGAACGCUUAUGCCAGGGAUGAAUUCACCAAUACCUGUGCUGCAGACAAAGAAAUCGAGCAAGCCUAUGCAGACGUGGCCAAGCGGCUCAGCAAAUCCUAAUUCAUCUUGGCAGAGGCUCUUUUUCCCCGAGAGAUCCCCAUUUUACAGACUUAUCCUUGUUGCCUUAAGAUAUUCUUAUCAUUAUGCUAUCUGGUCAGCAUCCCUAUGAUUCCACCCAUAGAAAGUGUAUUGAUCUGGGACAAAUCUGCUUUUCCCUGGAGAAAGCAAAGG